AUGCAAAUCAGAGUGCUCGGUGUACCUCAACAGGGCGCAAAAUCGCGUGUCGAGACACAAAUCAAGCUAUGCAUCCAGCUUGUAACCGAUGACGGCGAUAAGGCACAAUGGUGGUCACACCUUAAACUUCCCGAGCACAUGGUCGCGAAGGAUAAACUCAAGCGCCAGAUCAUGCUGUCAACCGCUCCCAAUGGCACCCGGAUCGCCAAUGUCGCCGGUCUUGAUAGCAACAACAUGCCGAUAAGUCCAGAGAAGAUGCUCUUUUUGAGUGCUCGUGUGAUCUGCGCCAGUGAUCCAUCCAGGAAAGUCGUUACUUGUUUGGGAUGCAUCCAACGAGAGCGCAAGCGAUCACAGCGCAGGAAAGAAAACCGGGUCAAAGCAGAGAUUGAAGAAGAAAAGCGCCCUGCCGACGACGAGAAAUCCUUGGCAAUGGAAGAACAAAAAGUGCUGCUUUUCAACUGCUCAGAAGUCGUUGACUUCAGCUCAGGCGACACCAUCUUACCCACCCGCAUCACAUGCUACUGCCGACAUCAUAACGAACGACUCGGCUUCUGCAUAUAUUUCGAGAUGCAGGAUCACACUGGCGAGACAGUUGCUUCGGGCAUGUCACCACCUAUCAUGAUUACCGACGACCACAAGUCAAACAAGGUGAAAGCUGGUCGUAAGCGACCGCGUCAACAACUGGAUCAGAGCCUGUUCUCAAACAUUGCUGCUGCCGCUGCUGCUGCUGCAGCAACUACUACUACUGCAGGUCCCAGCUCGAGCAAAAUUUCGACGCAAACACCCCCACCACCCACGCCACCCGCCGUAGAACGUCCGCAACUACAACGCUUAAUUCCAAACGAAGGUCCUACGUUUGGUGGUAUCGAAGUAACGAUCCUCGGUACGAACUUCCGCUCCGGCUUGACGGUCAUGUUUGGCGAUGUGGUUGCUUCAAGCACACAUUUCUGGUCACCCAACACGCUCGUAUGUAUUUUGCCUGCAGUGGCUGAACCAGGGCCUGUCGUGGUAUCCUUCAAGGAAUAUCCCGUCGUCAUGGACAGUCAAGAAGUGAUGCUGUUCACUUACUACAACGAAAACGAUCGGGCAUUGAUGGAGCUUGCGCUUCAAGUGGUCGGAUUGAAGAUGACAGGAAAGGUUGAGGACGCACGAGAAAUCGCCAUGCGGAUUGUCCAAGGCGGUAACCAGAACCAGCGAUCAUCCGAAGGAACAACUGGCUCCGCUAACCUCGAACGGCACAUUAUUCAAGUGCUUGAAGUGAUGGAUACGAUGGAAGAUGUGCAGUCCAGCGAUGUUUCCAUUGCAAAUGCUCAGGGCCAUACCAUGCUGCAUUUGGCGGCCAUGCUUGGAUUCACGAAAUUAACGCUGGCGUUGUUGGAUCUCGGCUGCUCGGUCGACAACACGGAUCGCAAUGGAUCUACAGCAUUACAUUACGCUUCAUGGUUCGGUCACGAAGACGUUACCCGUGUGUUGUUGGAAGAAGGUGAAGCAGAUCCAGAGAUUUACGACUUGCAAAACAAACGACCCAUGCAUCUCGCCAAGGAUUAUAGUAUCCGGACAUUGUUGUUGAACCAUAUGCCGUUGGACGAUCGGGAAACGUCCGAAUCCUCGCACCGCGAAGAUUCACUCUCGGAUAUCAUGAGCGCUGAUGUCGACACAUCGUAUGACGAGGAAGGUGACAAUUCCGAGGAAGAAGAGGAUGAUGAUUCCGACAGUGUCUGGAUUGGCAGUGACUCGGAAGAAAAGACUGAGUGGCAACAAGCCUAUGUGUCCGAUUCUUCGACUGCGAGCAGUGAACCUUCGACGACAAUUUCAGAAGGCUUACGGCGCCGACGACGUCAACAACAGCAACACACGGACGAGUCACCACAGCAGCAGCAAGUUGCAUCGAUCCAAUACCUGCAGUUAGACGACGAGGACUCGAAUUCCGCCGACGAAAUUCUAGACGCUCAACCUGUGCAUGAACAAGACGCUCUUUCCUCUUCCGAUGAUGAGAUACCCUCCAACAAAAAAUCAUCCAACUGGAUGCAGCGAACAUUGUCACACUUCCAACAGCCAAAACACCAGCGGUCAACAUCGCAGGAUAGCUCGUUCCUUCAAAAUCUGAAAAACAACAUUGCCACCAAACCAUCCGACUUGACUAUGAAAAAUAUUGCCGACCACUUACUACAACUUCCUCGCCCUACUACCAUGAUUGCCAACAUGUCCAUACUACGAUUGUCUCCCGAUGCGCCCAAGAAUACCACCGCCACCGAAGAGCCAGAGCAGACGCUUGCCUGGUAUAUGGCCCUUGCUUAUGCAAUGGGCGUACGGAACAGCCAAUCUCCACCAUCUUCCUCGUCAUACGACAGUUACUAUCCAAAGGGACUUGAAACGAUGCAAGAUAAGAAGCGGAGAGAUCAGCGCCUGUUCUCGUUCUGGGUACCAUUAUUAUGCUGUAAGUGCUGCUUCUAUAUGUUUGUUCAAUGUAGAUCAUGGUGA